AUGAAGAAAAAGAAUAUCGUUUAUCUCUAUGAUGAAGAAUCUGGAGGCUUCGUUUAUGAAAGAAGUCAUCCAAUGAAGCCAUAUAGAAUAAAAAUGACCCAUUCAUUGCUUUGUGCUUAUGGUCUUUUAGACAAAUUACAAGUUCUAACACCAAGAAGAGCACGCGUAGAAGACUUAAUUCAAUUCCACGACGAAGGCUAUAUAAAUUUCAUCAAAAAUUCUAACGAUAAAAACAUCUCAAAGAAUAGAAAUGCCGCAGAAUAUUACAAUAUUACAGGCGAUUCACCAUUCUUCCCAGGAUUAUUCGAAUUUUGCCAAAUAUCAGCUGGAGCAUCUAUUACAGCUGCAGAACUCCUAAAUUCAGGAAAAACUCAAAUUGCUAUUAAUUGGGCAGGUGGCUUACACCAUGCCAGAAAGGCAGAAGCGAGCGGAUUUUGCUACGUAAACGAUUGCGUUUUAGGUAUCUUGAAGUUACUUGAACGUUACCAAAGAGUUUUAUAUAUUGAUAUAGAUAUUCAUCAUGGAGAUGGUGUUGAAGAAGCAUUUUAUACAACAGAUCGAGUUUUUACAGUAUCUUUUCAUAAGUUUGGUGAUUUCUUCCCAGGAACUGGUGCUUUGUCUGAUAUUGGAACUAGAAAAGGAAAAUACUACGCAUUAAAUGUACCACUUCGUGAUGGAAUGAACGACGAAGAUUACUUAGGCUUAUUUAAACCGAUUUUGACCAAUAUUAUUGAAUGGUAUCGUCCAAAUGCCAUUUUCUUCCAAUGUGGGGCAGAUUCUCUUGCUGGAGACAAGCUAGGAGGUUUCAAUCUUAGUAUCCAUGGCCACGGAGAAUGCGUCAGAUUCGUAAAAAAUUUCGGAAUUCCGAUGGUCGUUGCCGGUGGCGGUGGUUACACAACAAGGAACGUUUCCAGGUGCUGGACAUAUGAAACUGCCAUACUUUUAGAUGAAGUUUUGGACAACAACAUCCCAGAACACGAGUUUUCCUCAUAUUACGCUCCAGAAAUGCAUCUCAACCAGGAAAGCUAUGAUAUCAUCAACGAAAAUACCAAAGAAGAAAUGGAGAGAAUCCUUGAGGUAACAACUGAGAAUCUCAGACAUCUCCCAUGCGCUCCAAGUGUUCAAAUAGAUCCGAUGAGAGUUUUUAUGUCAAGCGAUGAUGAUGAAAGAGAAUUUGAGCCUUGCCUUGUUGAUAAAUUCCUUUCACUUGUUUUGUAA